AUGGAGCGUGCAUUCGUGGACCUCACCCUGGAGGAGUUUUGCCACGAUGAGCAGCCUAUUCCCGUUACCUUAACUGCGAGGUCUGCGCAUGCUCAUGGAUUGGACUUUACGGCAAGACAAGAAGCAGCAUUUGCACCCCCCGAUCUCACACCACCUCUCUCGAACCCACGAAAGCGUCCUAGAAUUCCGAACUCGGAGGAUCCUGAGAUAGACAGACCGCAAAAGAGGCGUCACAUACCUGCCUCGGCUCUGGGAUCAGUGAAGCGCGUGCUAUUUCCAUCCGACGAUCCCCCUUCUCGCACUCAAACGACCAUUCGCAGAGAGACAAAGACUAGGGACCAGCCCCCCGAGCGAGAUAUGAAGCCAAGAUACGUGCAACGGGUGAUACCGAAUCGCAGAAAGCCCUCCAGACGGGCUAUUGAUCUUACCAAGGGGCCCGAGCCGGAACAACCUGAGGACACAGUGAUAAGGUCGAGCAACCCACCUCGGUUAAUCGAGAGCAUUCUGAUAAAGGGCCUGAACUUCCAACCGGAGGGUGUGACAUUCGAAGUUGGUUUGGAUCUACAGCUGGAUGAUGAAUCAUUUUUCCGAAUAGAAAAGAUCACACGGCAUGGUCACCGGUAUCUCUUCAAAGGCCGUCGUCUUUUUCGUCCAAAGGCAUUCAACAACAACAAACUUCCGAAUAUCAUCCCACAUGCCAGACAUGAGCUUGUCUGGGUGCCUCAAAGAACGAGUCAAGUGCUGCCUAACAGGGUGGUUGGCAUCACUAAAAUAGUCUUCACUAACGAGCGUAGCUCAUGGGGAAAGGCUCGAGUGAAAACUUGUCGUAUCAAGGUAGUAUACUCAUAUCGCGAGUCAACGCAUGAUCACCCAGUGAAGGCUGCGAACUGGGUGGUUCGCGAUUUGACGUUUGAGGAGUCAGACCCCGGAAAAGGACUGACCAACAGACAGCUACGGGAGAAAUGGAGAGGGUCUACUACUCCGUUCGGUGAAGGAAAGGUCGGUGCUAUAGUUCAAAGCGUGCAGCGUCGACGUGAGGACUCACCCGAGAUCAUUGACCUUGACAACAUUCUCCCAACGCCACCAUCGUCCCCGCCAACCUCAUCCACUUUGAUUGACCUCACAUUAGAAAGUCAGAAUGCAUAUACCUUUGGUGACGGGUUCUGUGGAGCUGGAGGAGCAUCUUGCGGAGCCAGACAGGCAGGGUUGAAAGUGAAGUGGUCUUUUGACAUGAACGAGAACGCGAUGAAAUCUUACGGUCUCAACUUCCCGCGCAAUGAGACCAAGUCUCGCAGAGUGGAGGCGCAUCAGUUUUUCCAGAAGCCGAUGCCAUUUCUCCGAGUCGAUAUCAUGCACUGUUCACCGCCGUGCCAGACCUUCUCCCCUGCCCAUACAGUCAACAACGAGGUAAAUGACGACCGGAACUCCGCAUGUCUGGUAGGUAUGCGGCAGGCAGUUGAAAGAGUCCGGCCUCGGGUUCUGACUAUGGAAGAAACUUUCGGUCUGGAGCAUGAGGCUCAUAGACCCAACUUGAACCGGGUCAUCAUGGAUUUGAUUGAACUGGGAUAUUCGGUGCGGUGGGAAGUCAUCAAGUUGGGCGGGUACGGAGUUCCGCAGUUACGCAAGCGGCUCAUACUUAUUGCUACAGGACCCGGAGAAAAUCUCUUCAAUUUCCCUCGCCCGACCUACGGCGGCCCAGGCCAACCCAGGCUCAGAACGAUCCGUGACGCUAUCUUCGACUUGCCCAUUGACUCGCCAAAUCACGAUGUGGCAACUCGCCUGCGACGGUGGUCGAGAGAGUACCGGAAGACACUGGAUUGGGACGAGCAAGCGAAGACAAUAACCACGGCUGGCGGGCAAGAGAACUAUCAUCCUGAUGGUAGACGGACAUUCACCGACCGAGAAAUUGCGUGCCUUCAGACAUUCCCUCGAGAUUAUCAGUUCUACAAGACAGGGGCCAGAAAGCAGAUCGGCAAUGCGUUUCCUCCAAUGGCUGCUAGGGCAAUCUAUGAGGCAGCUAGGGAGUCGUUGCGGAAGACUGAUCUGCUUGAAAGCGUGGGCAGACAAAUGGGAAUGUGA